AUUUUGGGGUUGGGAUCCUUUGGAUUUUAUCUCGGAAUGUCAAAAUUUAAAAACAUUAAUUUUUAAAUCCUGUACUGGUUUAACUAAUGAAUUACUUGAAUCUUUAAUUCAUUCGGAAUUUCCUCAACUUUCAACAAUCGAGAUGGAAAAUACUUCUGCUCCUGUUCAUAUUCUUGAAUCUUUAAUCAAACUUGGAAAUUUCAAAAUUCUUAAUUUGAAUCUUGGUCAAUAUAAGACUACUUUAAAUAAUCCUUCAAAUAUUAUUCAAACGGUGGCAAAUCAUUGUCCAAAUCUCAUUACCUUCAAGUCUUUUAUCGAAUCUGAAGAAAUUCCUCAUUUGGUUUCAUUAUUUACUCUUUGUACAAAUCUUCAAUCGGUAACAAUUAAUGGUCCUCGAUCUCCUGAAAUUGAUGUAAAUCAUUUAUUUCUUGAACUUUCUUCUCAAGAACUUCCAAAUUUACGAGAUUUAGCUAUAUUGGGUUCUUGGUCUUUUCGUUCUUAUUCAUUGGAUCAAUUUUUAUCUGGAUCAAAACCUCCUUUGAAAUCUUUGAAAAUACAAAAUUCAAAGUGUUUUACUGAUUCCCAUCUUGAAGUUAUAUUAAGAAAUUUAUGUUCAAAUGUUUCUUCGAAUUCGGGUACUUUAAAAGAUUUAAGAUUACAUGUCACUUCUCAUUUAAAUGAAGAAUUGGUUGAUAAAGCCAAAGAAUACGUUAAAGAAGAUGGUUUUGUCCAAGUUGAUUAUUGGGAAUCU